AUGACGGCCGACAAGCGAGGCCCCCGCAUUCACCGGAUGACCCUUUUCAAGAUCCCGGAUGAGAUGAACCAGAAGAGGUUGUUGGAUGCGUAUCAUGUUGUUGCGGAGGAGCAGAAGAAGCACGCCUCGGAACAGGACGGCAAGCCGUACAUCCUGCAACUGACGGCCGGCAAGACCAUAGACGACCAGAUGGCCCGCGGCUACACCGUCGCCUCGUACAUCGAGUUCGCCUCCAUGGACGACAUGCGCUACUACGACAACGAGUGUCUCGCCCACGCCAUGCUCAAGGAGAUCGGCCCUUCCUUGAACAUGAGGGAGCCGCCCACCAUUUUGUGCUUUGAGAAGAGCAAUUUGGCGGCUGCGCAGGAUAGUAUUUGA